AGGCGUAAAGCAUUAUUACAUAAAUUCAAGCUCGCUCCUGAUCCUUAGUACCCUGAGUUGCCUGAAGGGGGGAAUGGCACUGCCUGCGUGUGCAGCCCCGGCGCUCAGGCCGCCGCUGCAACCGGAGCGAGGAGCGCCCGCCCGCACCACCUGUCCCCGCCGGCAUUCCAGAGUAGAGGCCGAAUUGGCAGCAAGCCGGCCCGGAUCAGUCGCCGCCUCAGUCCGCGCGGGCCCUCCUAGGGGUGUGUCUCGCGGAUUCAACUCCCAGCCGCUCCUGGACGAGCCCCUGAAGGCAUCUUCCUCCCUGGCGGGAGCCGCGCGCGCCCCUCUCUUCGCGCUGCUGCCCCGAGGCCGCCGCAGGCGGAUGCACGACCUCAGGAGACGCUGGGACCUGGGCUCCCUCUGCCGGGCCCUGCUCACUCGGGGCCUGGCCGCCCUGGGCCACUCGCUGAAGCACGUGCUCGGUGCGAUCUUCUCCAAGAUUUUCGGACCCCUAGCCAGCGUCGGGAACAUGGAUGAGAAAUCCAACAAGCUGCUGCUGGCUUUGGUGAUGCUCUUCCUAUUUGCCGUGAUCGUCCUCCAAUACGUGUGCCCCGGCACAGAAUGCCAGCUCCUCCGCCUGCAGGCAUUCAGCUCCCCGAUGCCGGACCCGUACCGCUCGGAGGAUGAGAGCUCUGCCAGGUUCGUGCCCCGUUACAAUUUCAGCCGCGGCGACCUCCUGCGCAAGGUAGACUUCGACAUCAAGGGCGAUGACCUGAUCGUGUUCCUGCACAUCCAGAAGACCGGAGGCACCACUUUCGGACGCCACCUGGUGCGCAACAUCCAGCUGGAGCAGCCGUGCGAAUGCCGCGUGGGUCAGAAGAAAUGCACUUGCCACAGGCCGGGUAAGCGGGAGACCUGGCUCUUCUCCAGGUUCUCCACGGGCUGGAGCUGCGGGCUGCACGCCGACUGGACCGAGCUCACCAGCUGCGUGCCCGCCGUGGUGGACGGCAAGCGCGACGCCAGGCUAAGACCGUCCAGGAACUUCCACUAUAUCACCAUCCUCCGAGACCCUGUAUCUCGGUACUUGAGCGAGUGGAGGCAUGUCCAGAGAGGGGCGACAUGGAAAGCAUCUCUGCAUGUCUGCGAUGGGAGGCCCCCAACCUCCGAAGAGCUGCCCAGCUGCUACACUGGCGAUGACUGGUCUGGCUGCCCCCUGAAAGAGUUCAUGGACUGCCCCUAUAAUCUAGCCAACAACCGCCAGGUGCGCAUGCUUUCUGACCUGACCCUAGUAGGCUGCUACAACCUCUCUGUCAUGCCAGAAAAGCAAAGAAACAAGGUCCUCCUGGAAAGUGCCAAAACGAAUCUGAAGCACAUGGCAUUCUUUGGCCUCACUGAGUUUCAGCGGAAGACCCAGUAUCUAUUUGAGAAAACCUUCAACAUGAACUUUAUUUCACCAUUUACCCAGUAUAAUACCACCAGGGCCUCCAGUGUAGAGAUCAAUGAGGAAAUCCAAAAGCGUAUUGAGGGACUGAAUUUUCUGGAUAUGGAAUUGUACAGCUAUGCCAAAGACCUCUUUUUGCAGAGGUAUCAGUUUAUGAGGCAGAAGGAGCAUCAGGAAGCUAGGCGGAAGCGUCAGGAACAACGCAAAUUUCUGAAGGGAAAGCUCCUUCAGACCCAUUUCCAGAGUCAGAGUCAGGGCCAGAGCCAGAAUCUGAGUCAGAAUCAGAGUCAGAACCCAAAUCUGAAUGCAAAUCAGAACGUGACUCAGAAUCUGAUUCAGAAUCUGACUCAGACUUCAAGUCAGAAUUCAAGCCAGAAGGAGAACCGGGAAAGCCAGAGGCAGAACCCAGGCCAAGAGCAGAGUGAUAGCAACCCCAGCAAUGGCACCAACGACUACAUAGGCAGUGUAGAGAAAUGGCGUUAAAUGGCUCCCAAAGGCUUUUGCACACUUCUCCCAAAGCGCCGGUCAAAGUAUGGCAAAUCUUAAAAGAUGAGAGUGUCCAAACACAUCCUGCUUCCUUCAGUUUGGAUGUGAAAAAAAACUUAAGAUGUUGCCUUUACAGUUGCCUUUCAAUUAAAUGUUAUACUGUGCGUGGGUAAAACAAAUUGCAAUAUGUAAUUAAAGUGUCUUUUUCUUGGUUUGUUGGAGUAUUUAUAAAAUCCAAAAGCCAAACCAGACUCACCAGAAAUUGCUGUUCAGAUAUUUUAAGAAGUUCUUAAGUUAGUUACAGAGACAAAAUGAAAACAUUCAAUGUGGCCAUUUAGCUUCUGGCUAAGAAAUGGACUUUAAAUUAUUCAUGAUACACUGUUAAAACCCAAUUUUGAUCGCAAACAUUUUUUCCAGGGGUAAGCAUGAAAUAAACAUAAAAAAACACUAAAAUUAAACAUGAAACCUUUCAUUCUCUUCUGAUUUUAACAAGGAAUCUAUUUAAAUAGAAUAAGAACUGAUGGUAAAGUUUACCAAACUGUAGAAAAUGAAAAAUUUCUCUCCUGAACAUGGGUAGUUUUAUGUAAAAAUAUUGGCUUUUCAAGUAGAACAGGACUCAUAUCUUAUUUAAGAGAAAUUUAAAAUUUUAAACUUUUUCUACCUUCUACUGUUCAAAGGUUUUAAACAGGGUGUAUCUCAUAUUAAACAAAACACUUUUUUUCCCCAAGUGGAAUACCAAUGUAAAGAUCUAAUUUCCAGAUGCUUUCAGGGCACUGUAAUUUCAACAAUUCUGGAAUCUUUUUGGCGCUGCUUCUCAUCCAUUUUAAGGCUUCUCCGAGUUGUGCUCAUUCCAAACUAACGCAUUUAUAGAAUCUUUCUUCAUCAUCUAAAUGGUGUGUUGCUGAAUUUGUUGUGAUAUAUAAUCCUGGAUUAAAGUCAGGACUUUCUUUCUAUAGAAUUGUCUUAUCAAUGUUUGUGUAGUGAGGUCCUUAUCAAUAAAUUCUUGAACAGGAUACUGUGUCUAAAAAUAUUGCUGAAAUUAUUCUUGAUCAGAUAGCAUUGAAUCUGAAUGUGAAUGAAUCGUUAUUUACUUUUUGUACAUUUUUAUUGUAAUGUUUCCAGGUGGGCUGGCUAUUUGUAGCCCAUUAGUUCCUUUACGUGUUGACAGAUUGUAGACAAUUAGAAGAGAAAAAAAAUGGUAGAAUAAACAUUAGAAUAGCCAGAGUUAUUCAGUAACACCAAGAGCUGUACCUCAAUACUUUGGGUUAAUCCUCUACAAGGUUUUGUUUUAAAAAAGAACAAAAAGAAAGAGUGUUAUGCACUGAGGUUAAAUAUCAGGAGCUUAUGAGUUGAGGAGAGUGAUUUAGUCCUGGAAGACUGUGCAUAAGUACUUUUAGGGUAUCAGUCAUGAAUUGAGCAGGGCAAGAAGAAGUAUGUAACCCACUGUGCUAUCAAGCCUCAUGAUUCUGGUCAGUUUCCACUUUACGGGUUUUGCUAUACCUUUCUAAGGAUUUACACGAACCCCCUGGCUGUCAAUCAAACAAGGCAACUGGAAGUGGCAUUUAUGUUUUCAGGAGAGACAUGCUUAAAAGUGUGACCAUAAAGUCACAUCUUGUACAGUCUGCCCAUGUGCAUGAUCUAGGUUCAUCUCCAAUAAUAUGGCCACAAGCUGGACAAGAAGCUGAGUAUUUAGGUUUAAAAGUAAACUUUCUUGACUCUGAGCUUAUAUCACUAUAUCUAAAUUUUGUUUUGUCUGACAGUAUUGCAGUCCUGGGAAUUCUGAGAACUGAAAAACUGAAAGGAAAUUUUUUAAAAAAUCAAACACACCUUGAAGUCAAAAUGUUUUAGAGUGAAACUAUUUUGUGUAUAUUGUGUUUUUAAAAUAAAGAUUCUGUAGAUCACUGUGGUAUUUCGAUUUUGUUUAGUUUUAAUUGAUAAUAUUUGCUCUUAAAGCUGAUAGGUACUGUUGGAAAGCAGGAUGAAGCCCGAGCCGGUUGAAAAGAUUGUUACAGAAAAAAUAUUUUGUGUUAUUGCUGUGGUAUGCAUGGUUUUGCAGAGAUUAAGUGCAUUUUCUCUGUCUAUAUUGAUUAUUGUAUAUAGGGGAUGUUAUAAAUAUACAUUUUUGUCAUCAUCAUGUAAAUCCCAUGAUUUCAACUGUAAACAUCUGUCCAAUGGUGUAGCUUUACAAACCAUUCACUGAUUUUGUGUAAUUUAACAAUGAUAUGAAAUAAAAGUUUAAAUUACA